AUGAAGUGGUUUAUUGUAAUUAGUCUUUUUGUUUACUAUUCGUCGCUGAGUGAGGGCAGCGCGAUAGGAGUCACACCAAACGAAGCAAUUGAAAAAUUGCCAGAAGUCAUAGAUGGUACAGAACAAGCUUAUAUCAAAACAACAGAAUCCAGUACCUUUGAAGAUGUCCGGAUAGAAGAGGAAUGUUUGCCGCGUAGCGAAUGGCAGAGCAACUGCCACUCUUGUCGUUGUUCUGACGCGGGCAGAGCCAUCUGCACCAAGUUAGACGUCUGUGAUAAAGGCAUUUUUGGAGAACCACUAAAGUGCAAACCACAAACGUCAUUCAAAAGAGACUGCAAUACGUGCAGAUGUCUUGAUAAUGGUCUAGUUCUUUGCACGCUAAAGGGAUGUUCGAAGCUCACUAUUCCCGACGAAUCCAAAAUACUACCGGGGAAAGAAUGUUCUCCGGGAACGAGAUGGAAAAGUAGAUGUAAUGAGUGUGUAUGUUCUCCAGAAGGUUUAACUAACUGCAGCAAGAAUGAUUGUCCUGGACAGGAAAAUGAACCAGAAAUGCACUGUGCCCCUGAUUCUAUAUGGAAGGAUGAUUGUAAUUCUUGUUGGUGCACUACUUCUGGGUAUGCUAUGUGUACCAGGAUAGGAUGUUCGUUGAAUGUUGUCACAAAUUGGAAUCCAAAACCAAAUAAAAAAGUAGAAAAUACGACGCCACAAGCGAUCCAUAUGCAAUUACUAACAAACAACAGACCGUAUACGACUCAUAAAAUAGAGAAGCGCGAUGUUUGUACUUCUGGAGCAAUAUUACAAGUGGAUUGCAAUAUAUGUAUUUGUUCUGAAGAUGGUGUACAGAUCACUUGUACCGCUAGACCUUGUUUUGGCAGUAAUGACGAUUUGAAUGAACAAAAGAACCAGCUCACGAAACUUAUCGAAACAAAUUCUUUUGACAACCAAUUGAGUAAUAGAAAACGAACGAUAUGUAAACCAAACUCUUUAUUCAAAUUGAGCUGCAAUGAAUGUGAAUGUGCAGUGGAUGGAUUGAGCUAUUCGUGUACUGCCGAUGAUUGUGAUGAACGAUCUAUCACUGAUGAUGUUGAGGUGUUUAAAGAGGAGGAUGGUCCGGAUCACAUAGAGCGUCACUCAGUAUGCAAGCCCAGAGGAACCUUUCAUAUGGGAUGCAACACUUGCCAAUGCAAUGUCGACGGCACUAACUAUUCCUGCACAAAUAAGCCUUGUCCACUGCCUGAUGAUGUUGAGAUAUUCAAGGAGUUGGAGGCUCCAAAAUCAGUGUUCAACGCUACAAAGGCGAUCGUAUGUUCAGCUAAUCGGAUGUUUAUUAAGGACUGUAACACUUGUUGGUGUAAUAAGGAUGGAACUGGUUUCUCCUGCACUAGGAAAGUUUGUAUAGUUGAACCAGAUGAGAAUAUUGAGGAAAGUACUGAGAAAUUGAGUACGCUUAAGCAAAAAUGUCGUCCAGAUGAAGUUUUUGAGAUCGAUUGUAAUACUUGUCGGUGCAGUACUGAUGGCCAGUCAUAUUCCUGUACCCGUCGUAUUUGUUUCCCCGACACUGAUGAUAAGGACAAAAAUCCUGCCAAAAGUUUACCAGCUUCAGUAAUAGAGAACGUCUUUAGAAAAAAACGCGCUACAUCACAGGGCACACCAAAAAACUGUCAGCCUAAUCAAGAAUUCAGACUGGACUGCAAUAAAUGCCUGUGUGACAACGAGGGACAGAAUUUCUCUUGCACGCGUAUUGACUGUACCGCCCUUAACAAUAACAACAACGGCGGUGACAGGGCGAAACGAGAAGUAGCAUCCCAAGAGCAGAAGGAUUGCCCUCCAGGUAGCGUCUUCGAUCAGGGAUGUAAUGUCUGCCAAUGCACAAAAGACGGUAACCACGCAGUAUGCACAAUGAAAAGAUGUCACGAAGAAACCACAGAUAACGACAUCAAUGCACCUGAGAGUGAUCCGAACUUCCGUUGCAAUCCUGGCGAGCAAUUCAAACGUGGCUGCAAAGACUGUACCUGUUCUGCUGAUGGGAAGAGCGUCUUCUGCACAUUACGUCUUUGCGACCAAGACAUCAACCCGGCUUUGUAA